AUGGACGAGCCAUUGGGAGAUGAGGACCCUUGCUUGACCACCCAAGGGAGGAAGAAGGACCCACUCACCAAUAGAAACAAAAUUGAAAACCUAAAGGGAAGUAUAGACAACUUACUGAACGAUGGGAAUCCCCUUUCCGACCUGGAGGCUCUAAAGGAAUCUCUAGCCCAGCUGGAGUUAUACUCAGAGCGGAAUAAUGAGGACCUAGACAUCCAUCUCGGAACCACGGAACGGAUCAGCAGUGCUUACAAUGACAGAACAUGCGCGCAGCUAAGGAGGGAACUCCUUAAGCAGAAGAACCUAAACUGGUGCCUGUCUCUGAAGGUCCGAAGCAUACACAUGAAGCUAAACAGCCUCUAUGCCAAAAAGGACCAACUGGAAAGGAGCGUGCAAAAUAGGAUGAGGGAGAUCGAGUUGCAGUUCCUUCCUGGGGGAGGCAACCCAGGAGCUUCGGCGGAUCAGGUGGGGGUGCUACAAAAGGAACGGCCAAGAGUAGACCCCCCAAAUGAGGAUGCCCUAAAUGAAGAGAAAAAAAAAGUGGAGGAAUUAAAGCAAAUGCUAGUAAAACACGAAAGAAGCAUCGAGGUAAGUGAAAUCGAGAAAGUCAAAUCGGAGUUAGAGCUGAAGACCUGUAAGGACAAGUUAAAAGAGCAAAUUGAAAGGAAUGAAAGCUUAUACAGAAAGAUAAAAAUCUACGAAGCAAACUUGCAGAGAGUAAAAAAGGAGGGAGAAAAACAUUUGGACGAACUGGAUGAGCUUAGAGUGCAGCUGCAAAAGUGUCGAGGUGUAAAAAGCCAAGUGGAGGAGAGGAAUAAACUGUUGCAGGAGGAGAAGGUCAAAUUGGUGCAAGCGAAUAAUGAGUUGAAGAUAAGGCUUCAACGUGUGCAGACGUGUUUAAGCGACUCCAGACAUAAGGAGCGAGCCUUCGCCAGCUGCUCGCGGAAGAUAAUGGGUGUCGUUGCGUUUCUGCGGGAAAGCGACACGGGGGGAGGAUUCGCUCAUGGGAAGUAUGGCGGCGCGAUGAGCGACACGUUGGUCGAUCCGUUGGUCGAUCCGUUAGUCAAUCCGUUAGUCAAUCCGUUGGGCGAUCCGUUAGGCGAUACGUUGGGCGAUACGUUGGGCGAUCCGUUGGGCCAUACCACAACCUUUGCGCAGACGGAGCUGCAGCUGGACGCCAUUUGGGCCUCCAUCCGGGUCUUGGUCGGGGUGAAGCGGGAAUUUGAGGGUCAAAGAGACGAACUGGAGCGAGCACGAGCCGAGGCGCACGCCGCGAAGAGGGAGCUCGAAAGGAAGCGGUGGAGCUACGAGGAAGUUAAGCAACAAAUGGAUCAGCUGCAAACGAGGCAACAACGGAAUGAGGAAGAAGUUACUACCGCGAAGGAGAAGGACGAAAGGACCAUUAUGCAAUUAAGACAGACAUUACGGGAGGAAGUUAAGCAGACGAACGAGUAUAAAAAUAGAAAUGAAUACAAUCUGAUGCGGAUAAGAAGACUGAAGAGGAGAGAAAACAAAAUCUUGUUUCAAAUGAAUCAGUUAAGAAGAUAUGUACAGGAGAAUAAGUCAAACUUGGAACAAGCAAAUGAACUGAGUAGCAAUCAAAUUAGACACAUCAAGAAGAGGAACAAACAACUCAUUACAAACCUGGAUGAUAUAAAGGUACAGUUACAAAAGUCUUUAGGUCACCUCAACACAGUCAAUAAAAAUAUGAAAGUGGUAGAAAGAGAGAAGGAGAAGCUCACACACCAGAUGCACAUCCUGCAGUCUCAAAAUGGAGAAUUAGUUAAAGAAUUGCAGACAGGUAGGAAAAAAAACGAAGCAAUGAAAAUGAGAAUAUAUACAAUGAAUAGCAGAAUAGGGAAGAUAAAAGAAAAAAUGAGAAGCGCAAAUAUGAGACUCAUCAAAAUAGCGAAACAUCAUAGCAAGCGUAAUAGAAGUUACAGAGAGGAACUGUGUCGAAAGAAUGGAUACCUAGAAGAGGUGCAAAUGAAGGUGAAGAAACUACAGGAAGAAUUAAAGGAGAAGGAAAAAACGAUACAGAGAAAUGAUGAAUGUCUACACAAACUGGAAGAAGCAAUUAAACGGUACGAACAGGAGAAGGAUAACCUAAGUGAAGAAAUAAAAAAAAAAAAUCUAUUAAUAGCAAGUAAAGAGGAAAAAAUAGAUAAGAUGAGCAAUAUAGAGAGCGAUCUGCUAAAGGAAGGAAAAGAGAAGCAACUGAAACUGAUCCAAAGGAACAAAGAAAUAGAGAGUAACCUCCUCCAAUUGAAACAAAUGAAAGUAGAAAAUGUGAAGCUAAAUGAUAUGAUUGGUAAAGUAAAGAAAGAACUGAUUAACUCAGAGCUGAGAUGCAAAAUGGCCUACAGAGAUCUGGACAAAUUGAAGAAGGAAAAAAAAAAAAUAAUCACAGGGUUACAGAAUGACCUGAAGGAGAAGGAAAAAUGCCUCCAGAUGACAGAUCAGCGAGUCGAACUUCUCAGACGCGAAAGGAAUGAUUGCCAGUUUAGCAUCCAACACGAAUUGAAGCUACUGCAAAAUCAGGUGGCAGAGCUAACGGCAGAAAAGGAAACGUAUCGGGGAAAAGUCGACCAACUGAACAAUGAGCUGCAACAGUCUCAACAACGACUAAAAGAACAAAUCGCAAUCAAUGAGGAGAGUAAAAAACAAAACGAAGGUCUCUCCAACCAGGUGGAUGAAUGGCAGAAGAGGAUAGACAAGCAGGAUGAAGAAAUGAAGACGCUUCGAAAGAAACAAGAGACUUCUGAACGGAAAAAAAUGGAGGAGUACAAGAAUAAUGAAGAAACACUGAAGAAACAAUUUGAAGAAGAAAAACAAAACAUGAAGCGCCAGUUUGAGGCACUAAUGAAGACAGAGAAGGAAGCCCAGCAGGAACAAAUAAAACAGAUGAUGAUCCAGAAGGAGAAAGAAAUGGAGCAGUUGUUCAAAGAGACCAAAGCGGAGAAAGAGCGAUGCCAAAGAGAUGUAGAAUCCAUGACGGAAAGACACAAACGAGUGGUAAUACAAAUGAAGGAAGAAACUCAGAAGGAAAUUAACCAAAUGAAAGAUAUUUGUGAACAGAGCCGGAAAGCACAGCUGCUCGAAAUGGAGAAGGAAAAGAACCUGCAGAGUAAAAUCGAUGAAUGCACUUCCCUCCUGAAGGAGAAGGACGAAGAAUUUCGGUUAGCCAUUCGAGAAUACGACCAGAAGCUGCAAGCUCAAAAUAGGGAAAUGGAAACCUUGGUGAACGAAUGCGAGCAGAAACUCAGGGAGGCACGGACGGCCAGGCGGGCCGGCACCAGUACCAGCGGCAGCGCAGAGGAGAAGGGAAAGGUGGAAAAGCUGGAAAAGAUGGACAACUGCGUGAAGGGAGGAGAUGAGGAGGUCUCCAACAGAGCCACUGCCUCCAUUGCGCAGCUACAAGAAAGCCUUCGGGGAAGCGAAACGAAGAUCUCCCAACUGGAGAAAGAGCUUCUAGACUCGAGACGAGAGUUGGCCGAGUUGUCUCAGAAGAACCGCGAUCUGGCCAAUAGAAAAGCGGAGGCAGACAUACAAGUUGCCAAUCUGGUGGCGGAAAAUGAGAGACUGAAGGAGGAGAGGCCGGAUACCUCCCUCGCGAUGAAGGAAGAAACCUUGCCAGUGGUAGAAAAAAAAAAGAAAAAAAAGCAUAAGAAAGACACCUCCAGGAAGGGGCACCAUGAAAAGGAGCAGAAUUACGAUGAGGGGGGCCAAAUCAACGAGGGAAGUAACACGAAGGAGGAGAUGGAAGAGACCGAGGAGAGGAAGAAGACUUCUGAUAAGAAGAACAAAACCUCGUCGAGGAGGAAAGAAGGAAAAGGCAGAACUGGUUUGGAGAAUGGGGAUGAUAAGGACGAUGGAAACCAUCACGACGAUGACGACACACGUGAAGAGACCGAGGAAGGGGACACACUCUUCGACGCAGACUCACACAAGCUACCCCUCAGUCACGUCUCAACAUACGAAAAAAACUGCUAUGUAUUCCUCAAAGGAAUAAACGUGAAACUGGACGAAAUUGUAGACAAACUCAAAGCCAAGGAAGAUCCCCUGCUGAUAAAUGACGCGCUAAACAAGAUCAAUGUGGCCAUCUCGGCGUGGAAUCUGUUUGCUGACCCGAACGCGGAAACUGCGGAGGAGCCGGAUGAAGGGUUCGCACCGGAUGAAGAAGUCCUGUCGCAUGAGGAGCCCCUAUCGGAUGGUGAAGCCGCACAGGGUGACGAGGGAGAAACGACCGAUGCAGACAUAGAUGGGGGGGACUUCUCCGACGAGCGGUACCAAGCUCUCAAGAGGGAAGUCUCCGAAAAGGUGGAGCUCAUUCACCAGAUGGUGUGA